AUGGACGUACCCAAGCAGCGCCCCCGAUCCAAGUCGACCUUCAGUUUCAAGAGCGACAAGAGCGACAAGUCCGUGAAGGCACCGAAGCUGCCGAAAGAGAAACUCACAGAGAGCGCGGCGGAAAAGCAUCAGAACCACCUCAGCACCACGACCAAGGCGAACCCCAACGCUGCAAUGGAAGAGGCUCAACCAAUUGCCGCUGCUCUCGAGAAGCCCACCCUAGCCCUUCUCCGAGCAUCGUCAUACACCGAUAGACACGGAAACCUGAUCACGGAGCCAGAUCUCUCCAACCCGACGCGCCCUCGAUGGGAACGACCGCUCGAUACGAUCAGGUCGUUCGAGGCUGCCAUCGACACAGAAUACAAGCGGCGAUCUACAAUGAUGCGAUCUGGUGGGUGUGCGCCACAGGAAGGGCAGAACAAGAGCAAGACUCAUCAGAAUGGCACUGCAGAUUCGUCGCCGAACUUUGCGAACGGAGGCUUCGACAGCCGCAGAAGCAGCUACUACGGAGCAGGCCACGACAAUUUCCGAAACCCGCGAUCUUCGCACGUUGGCGGAUAUUAUGGCAACCAGGCCGGCGUGCGAGAGAGCAUCGCAGACAACAGCUAUGGGGGGCCUCCAAUGGCAGGCCCGUCGAGGAACCGUUUCAGCCAGCGUUUGCAUAACGAGCCCCCGGUCAAUGGCUACGGCAAUCGGCAAGGCAUUUAUCCCACCCAUGUGCCGCAGCUCUCGCGCGAUACCGUCAACACCGGAGAGUCCAGUCAGAGCGAGCCAUGGGGUAACUCGACGGAUCCGAGUAGCGAGAACAGCUCAAUUGACAAGGUGGCAUCGAUGACUAGGGUGAUGGAGCCGAACGACCCCUACGUGUAUAAUAACUAUGGCGGCCCAGUCAACGCUCCUGGUCCGGCGGGACCUAACGGGUAUCUUCCGCAGCCAAUGGGCUCUGCUCCUCCUGCUGUUCCCGCGCAUGGGGCGCCAGCAAACCGAUCGGCGCCCAUCAAGCUCGGCGGCGCAGGGCCCCCGCAGCCUUUAAGUUCCACGUCUGGCAACGCGACGCUGGUCAAGACCAGGAGCCCCUCCGGCACCCAGGAUAAGCGGAAGAGCUGGUUCAAGAGGAGGUUCAGCAAAGAUUAG